AUGGCGGAGGGAUGUUUGAUAGAUUCUCUGUUUGAUACUGGUGACAUAAAUUCACCCUGUCAGCCGUGUUCAAGAAAAAACAAGCGUUCAGAAGCGGUCAUAUAUUGUGCCGAUUGUGAUGAAAUUCAGUGUCUUAUUUGUUCCAAGGACCAUGAAACUUACGUUGUAAUGGAACAUCACGUGAUUUUUGGCAUUGACGAUUGGAAACAUUCAAAUGAUUUCUUAGACUUAGCAAAAAUUAGCAAAUGUGAAAUGCAUGGGCUGACUUAUGAAUACUUUUGUGAACAGGACAAUAGGCUAUGCUGUCAAGACUGUCGCAAAACAACCCAUCGGACAUGUUGUAAUGUUAAAAGAAUAGUCUCAAUAGAACACCAGUAUUCCGGAAAAGAGCGUAAAACUGUAGACUCAAAAUUUAAAGAACUUCUAAAUGAUGCAAGAAAAAUAUCAUCUAUGUCAGAGGAACGGAAGUCUUGCGUUAAAAAUCAAAUGGCUGAAAUGCCUAGCAUCAUAGACGAUAUAAGGAAAUCGUUUCUUAAUAUGAUUGACAGGUUUGAAGAGUCAGUGCUAAAAGAGGGGGAAAGUAUUGAAUGUAAAAGAAUGGCCUCUUUAGAAGAAAUACAAAGCCGGACAUCUGCAGUCGUAAGCGAUAUUCAAAACACGCUAACAAAUAUUAAAAGUAUACCAAAGUCCAUGACACCGGAGCAAACUUUUGUUUUCGAAAAGAAAAUGGAUGAAAUACUAAACGGCUAUGAAAAUAAAAUAAAAUUACAAGCAGCAGAACUAAGAAACGUUGGAGAUACUGUUUCUGUUCAAUUUUCAGAAAAACUAUUAGACUUUCUUAAAACUGCCCCUAAUGAACUAGGAAAAUUAAACACCGACUCUAGUCACGUCGACUCCGACUUCCUUCCGGAGCCAAAACCAGUUGAAAUUAGACAUAUCACGACUACACAUAAACGAUCAAGUACAGGUUUUCAACAUUUUUAUAUAGGGAUGGAUUUUCUUCAAAAUGGCAGACUUGCGUUAGCGGAUCACGUGGACAGAAAGUGUGUCAUCAUGAGUGCAUCUUUGAAUGUCAUCGGAGAGCAACGUCUCAAAUAUGCUCCUCAGAAUCUUCUUGUAUUUGGAAAUGACGAGCUUCUAAUUUCUAGCGGGGAUAAACGGUUCAUAGAUCAUUUUCAAGUGAACUCUGAAAACAUACUAACUUACAAAAAAAGAAUUGAAACUUUGUCACCUUGCGAUUCUUUAUCAUUGGUAGUUGACAACAUUUUUGCUCUUGGUAUUGCAGAUAAAACCCAACCGGUGUGCAGGCUUAAAGACUUUAACCAGUUUUUUAAUUUCGAUGUCGACUUUGACAGAGAAAAUUACAAACUUGGAGAAACAAAAUGCGCCUAUUGCCAUAGUCUUGAAAUACUGGUGUUGACGGAUUAUGCAAGAAAUACCAUUGCGAUUAUCAACCCAAGAACAGGAGAAAAACUGCAGGUUCAAGACAAAGUGAUACAAGGCCCCCGGGGCGUAGUUAUAGGCAAAGACGGGUCCAUCUUUGUUUGUUGUGAAGAUUCAUGCUGCCUGGUUCAAUUGUCGCCUUCUGGAGAAAUUUUGAGCUUCAGAAAACUUCGCAUCAACUUUCCGCACUCGAUUUGUAUCUCAAAAGACUUUACAAAACUUGCCAUAUCAAACAACAGCUCAGAUGACUGUUUUAUUCAACUUUUUUCCAUUGAUUGA